ACUCUCCCAUUUCUUUAUUUCUCAUUCUCAUUUCUCUCCCAUUUAUAUAUAAAUAAAUCUCUCUCUCUCUUUCUCUCAUUCUCAAUCAAAACAAAGAGAGUUACAAAAAUAAGCAAAAAAACAAACACCCUUUUUAGUGUUCUGUCUUUUAUAGAUUGAUUUCAGUUAUCAACAAUUCUCAAAGUUUCAGCUGCUUUGGUUGUUUUUUUUUUAAGUCUUGGAUCCAAUUAUGAGGUGAAUCAGAUCUGGAUCAAGGAGAUAGCGUGAUUUGGAAUUGAAGUGAAAAUGAGUGAGGGCCAAAAAUUCCAGCUAGGGACUGUUGGGGCUUUGGGUUUAUCAGUGGUUUCGUCAGUGUCGAUUGUAAUUUGCAAUAAGGCUCUUAUUAGCACACUUGGCUUCACUUUUGCUACAACUUUGACAAGCUGGCAUCUUCUGGUCACCUUUUGUUCUCUUCAUGUAGCAUUAUGCAUGAAAUUGUUUGAGCACAAGCCUUUUGACGCAAGAGCAGUAAUGGGAUUUGGCAUACUAAAUGGGAUAUCCAUUGGCCUUUUGAAUCUUAGCUUGGGUUUCAAUUCUGUUGGUUUUUAUCAGAUGACAAAAUUGGCAAUCAUCCCAUGCACUGUUCUUUUGGAGACACUUUUCUUCCGGAAGCAAUUCAGUCGAAAUAUCCAGCUUUCACUUAGCAUUCUUCUUAUGGGUGUUGGAAUUGCAACCGUAACCGAUCUUCAGCUCAAUGUCCUGGGAUCUGUCUUGUCUCUGCUUGCAGUUCUUACAACAUGUGUUGCUCAGAUCAUGACUAAUACCAUCCAAAAGAAGUUCAAAGUCUCUUCAACACAACUUCUGUACCAGUCUUGCCCCUAUCAGGCAUUAACUUUGUUCAUUGUUGGCCCAUUCCUGGAUGGGCUUCUGACAAACAAAAACGUUUUUGCUUUCAAAUACACCCCCCAAGUGCUGUUCUUCAUUGUUCUAUCCUGCCUGAUUUCUGUCUCUGUGAACUUCAGUACUUUUCUGGUGAUUGGAAAGACAUCUCCAGUCACCUAUCAAGUCCUAGGACAUUUGAAAACAUGCCUUGUUUUGGCAUUUGGUUAUGUUCUACUUCGUGAUCCAUUUAGCUGGCGCAAUAUUUUAGGAAUCCUUAUUGCUGUGGUUGGAAUGGUGCUGUAUUCUUAUUGUUGCACUCUUGAGAGCCAGCAGAAGCAAAAUGAAGUGCCAGUAAAAUUGCCUGAGGUCAAGGAAAGUGAAACUGAUCCGUUAAUCAGCGUGGAAAACGGAACUGGGAUUUUAGCCGAUGUUGCUGUACCAAAUGUUCCCGUGUGGAAUUCAAACAAGGACUUGGACGCAUAAGACAUUCCCAUUUUUAUAAAUUCAUUUGCUCUAGAUCAAAGUCAGUAAACAAAACGGUUUCAGCGAGGGUGUAUCACAAUUCACAUAGCACGAGUUGCUUUGUUCUGGAAUCAUUACUAAUAUUAUAUCAGAUAAAGUAUUGAAGAAACAUGUCAUUAUUAUAGCAGUUUUGGUUUAUUAGUUUUGUAUGAAUCAAACAUGGCAAUGGUAUGAUACUAGGAUUUGAAUUGUCAAAUGUAUACUGUGGUUACCGGAUACUGGAAAUUUUUUACUGCUUGUUCUCUGGUUA